GCGUGAGCGCUGCAGCGGGCCGCCAGCACGUGCGAUGCUAGCGUGUAGGCGAUGGUUGCACGACAAGACGGCGACGACGACGGCGGCGGGAGAACUCGUCGCUAUGGUUGUGAUCGAGUUUGAUCAGUGUGCAGAGAUGGAAGCACCAACAAGAUGCGCACCGCUGGUGGUAGGACGCCACUCGGGCGGCGCCAUGAAGAAGCGCUUUGCAUUCAUCGCGGCGACGGUGUUUGUUCUGUGGAACCUCGUCACCUGGUACGUCAUCUUCUCGCAGCUGUCCACCAAGAAUGGCGCCGGCGUUGCUGAGAAGGUGUCCAGCUGGAGCGAGAGAUCCGCGCAGCCAGGUGCAGACGAACGACGAGCUGCUGCGCCUCCUGGUGGCGCAGAAAGACAAGCUCGGCGCCAUCGAUCUCUCGCGUCUCAAUGUGUUGCCGCCCGAUCGGGACCGCUUUGAGCAGACAGGGGGCGCUGCGGCUGCCGUGAAUACAAGCGCGGCGGACGGACCCAUCAUAGCUGUUCUUGUGUUCUCCUGCAAUCGGCCGACGGUGUCUCGUAACUUGGACCAGUUGAUCAAGUACCGACCUUCAGCCACCAGCUUCCCGAUCAUCGUCAGUCAGGACUGCGGCGACAAGCCAACUGCGGCCGUCAUCCAGGACUACGUGAAGCGACGAGACGUGCUGACUCACAUCAGGCAACCGGAUCUCAGUGACAUAGUGCUGCCGCCGAAGCAGAAGAAGUUUGCCGGCUACUACAAGAUCGCGCGGCACUACCGCUGGGCGCUCAACCAAGCGUUUCACGAGCUGAAGUAUGACACGGUCAUCAUCGUCGAAGACGACCUUGACGUCGCGCCGGACUUCUUCGAGUACUUUGCGGCGACGUAUCGCGUGCUGAAGGCAGACCCGACGCUGUGGUGCGUGUCGGCAUGGAACGACAACGGCAAGCCGAGCCUCAUUGCCAACGACCCUGAGCUACUGCAUCGGACAGAUUUCUUCCCUGGCCUCGGCUGGAUGCUGCAGAAGAGCACUUGGUUAGAACUCGAACCAAAGUGGCCGAUAACAUUUUGGGACGACUGGAUGAGGCAUCCUGACCAGCGGAAGGGGCGUGCCUGCAUACGACCUGAAAUAUCUAGGACAAUCACGUUUGGGAAGAUCGGAGUCAGCAAGGGACAAUACUUUGAACAGCAUUUAAAGUUCAUCAAACUAAACACAAAGAUGGUGACUUGGACUAAAAAAGACCUCUCAUAUCUAGAUGAGAAGCGCUACAUUCCGGAGUUUGUCGAGAGAGUGUACAGCAGCACUCCGGAGGUGGGCAUACGGCAAGUGCAGGCGCGCGAGGUGUCGCAGCACGACGCAGUCAGGGUCACCUACACGACGCAGACGUCUUUCAAGAUCCUUUCAAAAGCCCUCGGCAUGAUGACGGACGUCAAGGCCGGGGUCGCCCGCACUGCAUACAGGGGCGUGGUCAGCAUAAUGUUCAACGGGCAGCGGGUCUACCUGGCGCCGCCCGCCAACUGGACGGCGUACGAGAUGUGGAGUUAGCGGCGGGAGCGCGGUCGCACGUUCGUCGUCAAGGCGGGGGGAGGCGGCGCGCGUCGGCGCGCGAUCUCGCACCCGCUCCCCAUGCCACGUGCUGACGUCACUGAUGCAGACUACAGCAGCGCGCGCAUUCCCAUCCGCUCCUCUCCUCGUGUGCUGACGUCACUGAUGCAGACUACAGCGGCGCGCGAUCUCGCACCCGCUCCCCAUGCCACGUGCUGACGUCACUGAUGCAGACUACAGCAGCGCGCGCUCUCCCUCCCGCUCAUCUCGUCGUGUGCUGACGUCAUCGGUACAGACUACAGCAGCGCGCGCUCUCCAUCCGCUCUACACGUCGCGCGCUGACGUCAGCAACACAGACUACAGCAGCGCGCGCUCUCCCUCCCGCUCUCCACGUCACCAUCGCAGACGACAGCGACAAGCACAACACGCGCCUGCCAAGACUGGUUGGCCUUGCCGCGACGCGCCGAUGGCGGCGGUUCAAAGACAUCGAAUGACACAACAGAGGACAUCGUAUUUCUCGCCACCCGGGCACGGAUGCCCAUAGCGCAGAAAUAGAUCGCUGCGGUGCGUAGCUGUCCGACGGGAAAGAUUUUCGCCGAGCGGGGCACUGGAUUAAGCUUAACCUCUACGCACCCGAAGUAAACAUUCCCGAUCGUGCGACAGCGAGGGGAAUCGAGAAUCGAGAAACGCGCGUCGACGGAGCGAUGUCCGCCGUACGGCUGGCUCUGUGCAUGUCGCAAGCAUCGAGUUCGCGCGUGAGAGAUGCCGUAGGGAAUGUGCAAGCUGAAAAGGCCUCGUGAUCAUGACUUCAAACUUUUAUCAGCGAUUCGAUCGCGCAGUUAGCUUGUUGGUACGUAGAUAUAGUUUGUCGUACGGGUCUCUGAGACUCGCAUCAUCCUUCUUCGUGUGUGGACUGACGAGUGGCGAGUUUUAGAUGGUCAGCGUGUGAACUACAACAUGUAGUCCGAACGAUAUUGUCUGUGGUGUCGGGGUGUGAGCAACACGCAGCAUUUGGUUGUCUUCUGUGAUUGCCGUUAUAAUGUGGUGUAUCGCCACUUUACUAUAACUCACAAGACCCCCAACUCACCUCCUAUUCUCGGGUAAAUAUAGGGAUGGCUUUCUCAGUAGGGUUUGGGUAUAGUGCGGUAAUAUUGUUAGCCCUAUUUAUUGAUGUUUUUUACGUGGGUUUGGAUCGAAUGAGGAACGCGAAGCGGUAUGAAUGAAGCGGGGUCCGACUCUCAUGAGAGAACAGACUGUUCAUUUGUUUUCACAGUACUUUCCUUCAGCAGCUCUCCCUCGACAGCUUAACCUCGGCGGCCAUGUUGCCGUUGACGAUUGACUCCUCUCGACUUGACUCGAGACCUUAACCCUGAUCUUAACAUGACACGUUGUGUUUGACAACUGCCCCUUGACACCGACUUGGUGCCUGACGCUGUACUCUGAGACUUGACCUAACCCUCAAGUCUGAUUAAUUGACCUGUUCGGACUUCCUUGUUUUAAACUUUAUUAUCAGACGAUAAACAGCUAAAUAGUUCAUAGCUAGGCAGCAUCUGCGUGGCUAUGGAAUGGAAAGUGGAUGUGGAUCCAUGUGUGAUGUAUGUUAUCCACAGAGUACAAUUGUGAAAUAAACCCUCUUUGCAGAGCAGAGGUCUGGUCAUAAAGGUUUCUAACAGUUCCAAUGUCGCUUAUACUAAUUGUGGCUAUCUAAAACCCUUCCUAACAGAACCUGAUUUAAAAAUUAAUUGAAAUGCUAUGGUGAAACAUAAUUUUAUAAGUAAACGUGAUCGGUUUUGUACAAUAAAAUUGUUAUAUUGUUAUAAAA